UAUAUUUUCAAUGAGACAACCCCCAUGCUUGAAAUCCAAACAUGGCCGCACAGUAAGAGCUAUGCAAGCAAACCCACAUUUCAAAUGAAAACCAUUACCAGCCAGUUGUGUUGUCCUUUGACGAUAAUUCCCGAGUCGUGAUGUGGCUGCCACUUCAAGCAGUCUGCUGGAGGAGCAAGACAUUCUGCAGAAGAAGUUUCGUCGUUGUCCGUAAUAAAUGUUCAAGGCACAGGGCUAAUGCUUCCGUCUGUCUCUACACUCAGUCAGCUGGACUUGCGACACAAACAUGCAAGGCUCUUCUUUACAGGAAACACGGAGAUCCUUCUCAAGUUGUUCAGUUGGAGGACAUAGAUCUUCCCCCCUUAGGUUCAAAUGAUGUCCUGGUUAAAAUUCUGGCUGCUCCAAUCAACCCAUCUGACAUCAACAUGAUCCAAGGUACUUAUGCCAUCCUGCCAGACCUCCCAGCUAUUGGGGGUAACGAGGGAGUGGCACAGGUUUCAGAGGUGGGCAGCCAGGUAAAGUCCCUGAAAGCCGGAGACUGGGUUAUCCCAAGAGAUGCUGGUCUAGGAAUGUGGAGGACAGAGGCAGUAUUAGCCGAGGACGACGUCAUCUCGCUGCCCAGUAACGUUCCCUUGUUGAGUGCUGCUACACUGGGAGUGAAUCCCUGCACUGCCUUCAGGAUGCUGUCGGACUUUGAAGAUCUUAGGCCAGGUGACUCUGUGAUCCAGAAUGCAGCCAACAGUGGAGUCGGACAGGCUGUUAUACAGAUCGCUGCUGCAAGGGGAAUAAACACUAUCAACGUUAUCAGAGACAGGCCAGAGUUCACCCAGCUCAGUGAUAGGCUGAAGGCCAUGGGUGCAACUCAUGUGAUCAAAGAAGAAGCACUUAGGCGGCCUGAGAUUAAGGAACUGUUCAAGAUCUGCCCAAAGCCGAAACUGGCUCUAAAUGGAGUCGGAGGCAAAAGUGCAACAGAACUGCUCCGUCAUCUCAAAUUAGGAGGAUCUAUGGUGACGUAUGGCGGGAUGGCCAGACAGCCAGUUACUGUCCCUGUGAGUGCCCUUAUAUUCAAGGAUGUGAAGGUUCGAGGAUUUUGGGUCACACAGUGGAAGAGAGACCACUCAAAAGAUGGAAGUGCAUUUAGAGCCAUGCUGGAUGAACUGUGCAGCCUCAUACAGCAUGGAAAGCUGACAGCGCCCGCCUGCACCGAGGUGAACCUGCAAGACUACAGCAGCGCUCUGAACACAGCCAUGCAGCCUUUCACUUCAGCUAAACAGGUCCUGAUCAUGUGAAGUAACCGACUGCCUCUUUAUCUAAUACACUGCUAAAGCACAUGUUCAAUAAAUGUGACCUGAAGCAGGCUCAAA